AUGUCCGACCCCACCAACGUUGAACACAAGUUCCGGCACGGCACCUCAACGAGGUCCAACACAUCCUCCAUCCACUUCUCCGAACCCUGCACGGUGCGAGAGACUUCGCAGACCUUACGUGCAGUGAACGGUGUUCAACCCAGACCUAUGAAGCCCGACUUGGGUGCGAACAACCGGCAAGAGGAAGCCACUCGAGACCGGCGAACCCGAGACUGGGUCCACGGCUGCCAUGGCUACUCCCCUGUAGGAGAUCAGGGGCGGCAGAGAUGGGACUCGAUCAAUCAGCAGCUCCGUGCUGCAGAUGAACUGGCGGGAGAGCUCUCCAAAUUCAAGACCACGGAUGGGGAGUCGAAGAGUGACAAUCCUGCCAAGAGUGAGACAAGUUGCCAGAGCUUGCAGUUUGUGGGCGCAUGGACGGAUGAGAAGGACAUGAGAAAUUGA